AUGUGUUCGAUAUCACUAGUAUUAUUUAUAUGCAUUGUAAUCAAAAAGCUUUCAAAUAGUUUUCCGUAG